CAUGGAUUCCCUGGGGGAUGGGAACCACACUGAAGUGACAGGGUUUAUUUUAUUGGGCUUAACUGAUGACCCAAUCCUUCAAGUCAUCCUCUUCAUGAUCAUCCUAUGUAUCUACCUGGUGACUGUAUCCGGCAAUUUCAGCACAAUCAUUCUUAUCAGAAUUUCAUCUCAGCUCCAUCAUCCUAUGUACUUUUUCCUGAGUCACUUGGCUUUUGCUGACAUGGGUUUAUCAUCUUCUGUCACUCCCAAUAUUCUUGUAAACUUCCUGGUGGAGAGAAAUACCAUCUCCUACCUUGGAUGUGCCAAUCAGCUUGGUUCAGUCAUUUUCUUUGGGACAGUGGAGUGCUUCCUCCUGGCUUCCAUGGCAUAUGAUCGCUUUGUGGCAAUCUGCAGCCCACUGCUUUAUUCCACCAAAAUGUCCACACAAGUCUAUGUCCAGUUACUCAUAGUGGCUUAUGUGGGUGGUUUUCUCAAUGCUUGCUCUUUUACUGUUUGCUUCUAUUCUUUACUCUUUUGUGGACCAAAUCAAGUCAAUCAUUUUUUCGGUGAUUUGGCUCCUUUAAUUGAACUCUCCUGUUCUGAUAUCAGUAUCCCUGCAGCUGUCCCCUCAUUUACUUCUGGCUCCAUCAUUGUGCUCACGGUGUUUGUCAUAGCCGUCUCCUAUAUCUACAUCCUCAUCACCAUCCUGAAGAUGUGCUCCACUGAGGGGCGCCACAAGGCCUUCUCCACCUGUGCCUCACACCUCACAGCAGUCACUCUGUACUAUGGGACAGUCACAUUCAUUUAUGUGAUGCCCAAGUCUUGCUACUCAACUAACCAGAACAAGGUGGUGUCUGUGUUCUACAUGAUGGUUGUCCCCAUGUUGAACCCCCUCAUCUACAGCCUCAGGAACAAUGAGAUUAAGGGGGCUCUGAAGAGACAGCUUACUAGAAAAACAUUUUCUUAA